AUCUGUUUCGGGUGAGAGGGAGGGUGUUGCCAGGGACCGGGUGUUCGUGGAUCUCCGGUCACUAUGGCUGUACUGAGGCUGCCUUCCAGAGUCAGCAGGCAGCUCCCCCUGCCCCCGACCCUGACCCGGAGCCGGAGCACCUCCAGCUCCGAGCUGGACUAUCUGCACAAGAGCAUUGUGCCCACCGACCACUUCCAGAGGAGCCUGCCGCGAUUACCGAUUCCAAAAUUGCAGGACACAAUGCAACGUUACCUGACUGCACAGAAGCCACUUUUAGAUAAUGACCAGUAUAAGAGAACUAAACAGUUGGCUGAGGAUUUUGAAAAGGGGAUUGGUAAACAGUUGCACGAAGAACUUGUGGCCCAAGACAAAAGAAAUAAACACACCAGCUUCAUUUCAGGACCAUGGUUUGAUAUGUACCUCACUGCACGUGAACCAGUUGUCUUAAAUCAUAAUCCCUUUAUGUCUUUCAAUUCUGAUCCAAAUUCUGCAAACAAUGAUCAGGUUAUUAGAGCGACCAACAUGACUGUGUCUGCACUGCGUUUCAUGAAGACUUUUCGAGCUGGCUUGUUGGAACCUGAAAUCUUUCAUCUUAAUCCUGCUAAAAGUGAUACAUCUUAUUUUAAGAACAUCAUUCGAUUUGUUCCUGCCUCUCUUUCAUGGUAUGGAGCCUACAUGGUUAAUGCCUACCCACUUGAUAUGUCUCAGUACUACAGACUAUUCAAUUCUACUCGUAUUCCCAGACCAGGUAGAGAUGAGCUGUUUACAGAUGAGAGUGCCAAGCACUUGCUGGUGAUGAGAAAUGGACAUUUCUACACAUUUGACGUUAUCGAUAGAGAUGGAAGAAUCACAAAAGCUUCUGAAAUCCAAGCUCAUUUCAAAUAUAUUUUGUCUGAUCCGAGGCCCCCUCCUGAAUUUUGUCUUGGAUAUCUGACAAGUGAAAAUAGAGAUACUUGGACCUCAAUGAGACUGAGGCUGUUGGAGGCUGGGAAUACAGAGACGCUGAAGAAAAUAGAUACAGCCGUCUUCUGUAUUUGCCUUGAUGAUAUCACUGUGAAGGACCACCUGCAGCUCUCUCAUAACAUGCUUUAUGGAAAUGGCUUCAACCGCUGGUAUGACAAAUCCUUCAGCAUUAUAUUAACCAAAGAUGGUCAUGCAGCUGUGAAUUUUGAACAUUCAUGGGGUGAUGGUGUGGCCGUACUGCGUUUAAUGAAUGAAAUUUUCAAGGACACAACUGAGAGACCUGCAGUUUCAGCCACUACCUUACCUGCAACAGUUGACUCCUCUCAGUCUGUGCAGAAGCUCGAGUUUAAAUUUGAUGAUUUUCUAAAAUCAGGUAUUUCGAGUGCCAAGGAAAAAUUUGAUAACACAGUGAGCACCUUAACUUUUGAUGCACUGGAGUUCAAAAAUGGUGGGAAGGUAUUCCUGAAAAAACAAAAUGUCAGCCCCGAUGCAGUUGCACAACUCUCUUUUCAGAUGGCUUUUUUGAGACAGUAUGGAAAAACGGUUGCCACCUAUGAGUCUUGUAGCACUGCAGCGUUUAAACAUGGCCGGACAGAAACAAUUCGCCCUGCCACCAUUUAUACGAAGAAAUGCAGUGAAGCAUUUGUGAAGGAGUCAUCAAAACACAGCAUUUCAGACUUGCGGGCGAUGAUCAACGAGUGCUCAAAGUAUCAUGGACAGCUGACUAAAGAGGCUGCCAUGGGUCAGGGAUUUGACCGGCAUUUGUUUGCUCUGCGAUACCUAGCAAAAUCUAAAGGAAUAUCUUUACCAGAACUAUUCCAAGACCCAUCAUAUAUUCAAAUCAACCAUAAUAUUCUUUCUACUAGCACUCUCAGCAGUCCUGCAGUCCAAUUAGGGGGUUUCGCACCAGUCGUUCCUGAUGGUUUUGGUGUUGGUUAUGGUGUUCAUGAUCACUGGAUAGGAUGCAACCUAUCCAGCUAUCCGGCCCGAGAUCCUAAAGAAUUCUUAAAAUGUUUAAACAAAAGCCUGAACGACAUUUUUGGUGUGUUAGAAGGACAACCUGUCAGCAGCUGAGGUACAUGAACUGAGUGGCUAGACAUGAAUCUGAAUAUAAUGACUGUACUCUGCAAUUGUAGAAUGUGCAUUUAUAAAGCAUAUUGUUGAUCGGUAUAUUCUAGAAGAAAAUGAUAAUUGAAUCAACAGUCAGUAAUUGAGGGUGAGACAAUGUUGUGUAUUUGCAAAUCUCUAUUCUACUCAGGAUGGCUCACAUUACCAGUGACCCAGGUUCAAUUCCACCCUUGGGAAACUGGCUGUGGAGAAUUUGUACACUUGCCCUGUUCCUGCAUGGGUUUCCUUUGGUUUUCUCCCACAGACCAACGGUUUGCAGGUUAAGUAGACUGGCCACGUUAAAUUGACCAAAGUGUCCAGGAAUGUGCAGGCUAGGUGGGCUAGCCAUGAAAGUGCAGGGUUACAGGGAUAGGGUUGGGUCUCUGAUACUAUUUAGAGGUUUGGUGUGGACUCGAUGGGCUGAAUGGCCUGCUUCCACGCUGUCGAGAUUCUAUGAAUCUGGGUCACACAGGACUCUAAGUGCAAGUCUCCUUACAUCGCUGCCUACAAAAUGAGUGUGGGUCCAAACUAAUUAAGUGCUUAAUGAUAAUGACUGGAAAUAUAACACUGAUGCACGGGCUAUUUGGUGUAGUGGUAUAUCCCUACCUCUGGCCCAGGAGGCCCUGGUUCAAAACCCUCCUGUUCCAGAGGUUUAAAAUAAAAAUACUUCCAUCAGUGAUACAAUAGUGAUGCUUUCUUGGAGAAGAAGAAAAUUGUUGGGCAUUUUUAAAAUGUCUUUUUCAUAAGUGUUGCAUCUGAUUUAAAAGCACUAGAAAUUGUGUUUAAUCCUGAAUACCCAAAUCUCUAGCCUUGUUAAGCACAAAAUUUAGUUAUUAUAAUUUUAUGAUCUGGUUCUUGACCAAUAAAUUUAUUUGAUUACUGUGACAAGUUGAUAACCACUCUUUCAAUGUUAUACAGCUAAAAAUACUGAUUUAGCCACAACCUAUGAACAUCUCAUACAUCCUUGACUACACUUCAAAUCUUGGUCACAAGUCUUAAAAGAAUACCAAAGUAUAUUAUUGCUAGUUCAUAUCAAAUAUAAAUUUUAACUUUAAUAGUUUUUCACUACCACCACCCCUAUAUCCUUUUUUUUUGUCAACACAAUCUUACAGUGGAUGUGUUCAGGAGUUUUGGCCAAGUCUUUUCUAAACAUUUCUUUUCGGAGCUUACAUUACAUUUUAAGCAUUCUAUGGUUCUAAUAUUGGGAUGUAAUACUUCCCAUGAAACAUCAUUUGUUUUUAAUAUUUCAAUGCAUCAAAUUUGGGGACAAUCAAACAGUUACCAAGCAUUCAGAUGUGAUGUGUUUAAUUAUGCGCUCUCAAUGCAAUUUGAGUACUUUGCACUGUGUUCAUUGUAUAUUUGGAUCAGCAGUAGUAACAUAACUGAACUUUGUAAUACUCAGUGCUAAAUAACUGCCGUGUUUCAAAGUUAUGUUGAAUAACAUUGGACUAAUUUUGGCCAUCUGGACUAAUUAUAUUGCAUUAAUGCGUUUUCAAAUGAAACCA